UAGAAUAAAACAAUUGUCUCAUUUAAAGAAACACUAUGUAGUUUCCAUGUAAAAAUGACUUACAGCUCCCCCAUGUGUUUGAAAAGCGCAACAGUGCCUAGUAUCAGCCACUCUUCUGCAGGCAGGGGGAGGGGCGGGGCUGUGUUCUCUACCCUCCACCGCCACUUUCAGAGUGUGCUUGUAGCAGCUAGGAGGCUGCUCAGGUUGCAGCAACAGUACAAUUUGUCCAGUUUAAAGUUGUUCUAUCACUGAAAUAAUUUUAGAGACAUUAUUUAAAGGUAAAAAAAACUACAUAGUGUUGCUUUAACACAUUUUUAUUUUUGAACUGAGUGUUAAAUCAGUCCGUCACUCUGUGAGUAUGAAAAUAGAUUUGUGUUUGUUAAGUGAGAUACUGAGUCACUCAGGUUAGGUCAGGACACUUGGUUUUGCAGUAAGGCGGUCCAUUCACUAAGUGAGAGACUGCCUAAAUAAUCUUGCCUGGUAGUGCUCUGUAAGUUCAACUUGUCUAUUAACUGUUUUUCUGGAGAGGCUUUCAGGGAACAUUUCCCGCAGACCUCUGGGACUGAACGUCACUGAGCAUUAGCAUUGGUUACUUUGAGUAUGAAAUAACAUUUCAUGCAUGAGAUGCCAAGACCACUAUGUCAUAUACAGUAGUGAAAGAUGCAGUUCCUUUUCUAAGCAGUCUAUAAGGAAAUUGCUGGUGCUGAUGGUAAACAACCCCAUGGGAGAACUAGAUAUAGAUAAGAGGUUAUGUGUGCACAUGUGACAAACAUCAAGCAAGGUAAUAUUUGAGAAUUAAAUCCUGCAUUCCAUCUGCUUAUCAUGAAUAUUUCAUUAAACUGCUCAGAGUGUGUACUAUAUAUACUUUAAUAAAUAUGUGAACUUUUUUUUAAUGUAAUUUCUAUUAAACCAGGUUAAGGCACAUAUUGAGUGGCUUCUUUCCUCUUUGAAAAUAGCCAAUAGUGUUACUGUAGAAUUAUGUCAUACAAUUUUUUAUCUGAAAAUCAUGAAGUCUUAUAGCCUCUAAAUGCAAUUUUUUGUCAUUAUUUUGUAGCACACUACAGUUAGAUAUUCUUAAGACUAACAUGCUUAAGCAAACUUAUUUAUAAAACCGAAAAACAUUAAUUUAUACUUCAUUAAGACUUUUAAGUCAUUGUUGUUAUGAACCAUUUUUUAGUGCUUCAUGCAUCAUUAUGCACAUUAAUUUAAAUCUUUGACAUAACCUUACUCCGUCAAUAUUUUUACAUAACGUUCAUUAUAAAAUAAUUUUAUGUAGAAAACACCAAAAAAAGACUUUACGUGUUUUCACAGACACGAUCACAUGUUUAACCAAAUGUUUAACCGAGGUUUCGCAGUGAUAUCAAUAGCAUCUUAUUGGCCCUUCCUCUGUAUGGCGGGAUGACAGGGACGCUCGCAUAAAGUGUCAGUCAUCUGAUCUCCAUGGAAACAGAUACAGGCGCGUAACCAGUGAGUGACUGAGAGCGUGCAGUUCCAGAGCGCGGUAGUUCAGCGAGUGGAUUUAUAAACACUGUUUCAAUCUCAUCGCCCUCCUCCAGGGUUGACAUAUGAGUGGAAAAACCAUCCACUUAUGUAAUCACGCCGAUAUGGUCACUGUGGACUAUUAUUGACUUUCGUACUGUUUGAUUGACCAUGUCCACACAAGAAACAGAAUUUCCAGAUUGCCAGGAAAGGGUUGGUUUGAAGAGAAAAUUGACAGGUCCACCAAGACUUCUGCUGGGAAAGUCCAACAAAUCCAAAGAGAAGGCAGAUUCUCAGAGAAGGCAAAGGCGAGAUAAAUGCUGUGAAGACAUGUCGGAGAAUAUUGCAAAACAACAAGAAUUGUCCCACAACAGCCCUCAAAAAAACCCAGAGUUGGAGGAACCAGAGCAUGAUGCUCAAGGAGACACCUCAGGAAUUCUUGUAACAUUGGAGGAAAAUCAAGGCAAAGAAGAAAACUUGGAUGAUAAAGCCGGAAGCGCUUCGAAGACAACCAUUAAGAGGACAUUGUCUUCCCUGCUCUGUAGUGGCAGGGGGAGGAAAGAAUCAGAUUGUGAUGGACAUGCUGAGGACAGAACAGAAAACAGUCCACAAGAAACAAAGAAAAAUAAAAACAAAGCUCACAAAGACACUAACUCACCGUAUGAAAAUAAACAAUGUGAUGCGAACAAUAAAAUAGUCACUCGUGAAAAAGGCAAAAGGAAUUUUUUCUUAAUGUUAUGGCCCAUUUCGAAGAGAUCCUCGAAUGUCAGUGAAGGGAGACAAGAGCAAGGUGAUAGCGUGGUUCUUCAGGAGACACAACCAAAAGCUCCUUUCAAAAAAAUGUACCGCAUGUUUCCAAGAAGAAAGAAAGCACAGUCUCCUAUUGAUCAGCUUGAAUGUGAUGUUUCUACAACAGCACACAAUGAAGUAGCAGGUGACCAAAUGAAUCAGCUAAGUACAGCUAACAUGGAGAUUCCCAGCAUCCAUAAACAAGAGCACCAAGAGGAAGAACAAAAAAUUGAGGAAAGCACACCAGAAACAUUUACAAUCAGUGCAGAGGUGAGCAUUAACACAAAUAUUGAAUCUGGCCACAUUGAUGAUGAACUGGAAAUCUGUCCUGACCCAAAUGUAGGUCAAAUUAAAAAUAAAGAUCAACACCCCGUGUUAGAGCCAACAAAUGAAAUUUUACAAACUAAUGUGUUGUUGGAUUCAUCUUGCAGCUUUGACUGUGCACUGCCAAACACAAGUAUAGGUGAUGUGCUAAAUGAUGUAGACCAGAAAGAGUCUGAUCAAUUUUUUAAAUGCAAACCAGUGAUUACUAUAGAGCGUGUGUAUACUCCAGAGGAAGAGAACCAGGAAGACAAUGUCAAUCAGUCACGGUUUGAUUUCCUCUCAAUGAAUGGGUCCUGGCAACAUUUAAAAAUAAACCACUUGACGAACAACACAUUACAUCCUUCUGACCCGAGUGUGUCCCCUGAACCGGACCACAGCCGAUGUAAUGAGACUUUACUGAUUCAGACGGCAAUUUCAAUGGUUCAGGCAGCCAUCCGUGGCGCAGUGGAACAGUUUGCAAAUGAGCAGCAGCAUAAUCAGAUAAGUUUGGACCGUGCGUAAGCACAGAUUUACAGACAUUCACGCAUACACGUACUGUAUUUAGCAAAGGGUUUCCUAUUGUUUUUAUUUUGUGGAUGUUAUUAUAUAAAAACUGUAUGUAGGGGCAUAUUAUGUGAUUACAUUCAAAUGUGUCUGUGUAUAAAAUAAUAUUUAUAAUGAUCAAUUAUUAAAGUCAGAUUGUGGGAUUUUACUGUAAUUUUAUAGGUUGCUAUUUGUAAUUUAUCAUGCAUGACUUAACCUUUCAUCUUACAGGACAUCAUAAUUAAAUCCCCAUAUGCUUAUUAGUAUUAUUUAUAUGUAUUUAACAUUUGUUCAAGAGUUAAAUUACUGUUUAUAUGCCUUUACCUUCUACUGUUCAUAUUUUUAAACUGCAUAAUUUUUCACGUCACUGCAAUGGCAGGCUAGUUUCUAUAGCAAUGAAUAUCCCACACAUGACUACAAGAAGGCAUUGAGCCACAUGCUUAGGAUAUUUUCCAUCUGUACAAGAAUCUGUUGAUAUGUUGUGUAAAACUGUUGUGAACACUGCCUCCCAUUGACAUUAAGUCAACGUUUUUAUGAAAAUGUGUGGUUUGAAAUCCCAGGUGUGUGCAUCAGUUUAUAUUUCAUAUUUAAAUAACCAUGACUGAAACCUACACUAAACUUAUUAUAAAUUAUGUUAACUCACUAUAUACUGUAAAACAAGCAGAGUUUGGGGACAUGGGGCGGUUAGACUCCUAGACUAAAAUAAAAGCUGUCCAAACUAAAAACAACUUGCACUGACAUAUUUUCAGGGUGACCAUACGCGCCAUUCUUCCCGGACGCGUCCUGGCCAGGAUUUCGGUGCGUCUUCCGGAAGUCGUAUUUGUUGACCGCAUAUGCCAUUCAGUUAAAAACAUUAGACAUACAAUCAUAGUUUCAUUCUUACCUUAAAAUGUAACGGUUGC